AUCAACACCGUCACCGAUACAAGUACACAACUCUCCCAAGCGGACUCUGGACUUCUCUGAAUUUCAUAAUUCGGGUUAGGGAGAUUUAUAUUCUCUCUUGUGCUUUUAUCGUUUUAUUACAAAACAAAAUUAUGAGAUUGUUGCGUGUUGUUCUUCUUGUUUCAUAUUUCGUCUGCAAGUACGUACUAGCUGAUCAAAUCUACCCAACUCAGUUAGGUGUUGCAUUUGGUCGCAGUUCUCGUGAACCAAAAUACAAGAUCGAAUUCCAUUCUGAAGACUCCCCAUUUCAUCCUGAGGAUGGCCAGGAGUCAGUGGUUAUGCCCAAUCAAAAUGGGCAUAAUUACUUGUGCUACUUGCCUAAGGUGGAGAAAACCAACAUUGGGAAGCCAGUAUCACAGCAUAACACAAGCAGCAUGAUUGUAGAAACUGAGAAACAUGUUAAAUUGAAGACACCUGAUGAACUGCUUGAACCAUUGAAGGACCGGUGCUUUAUCAGACAAGAAGGUUGGUGGUCAUAUGAAUUUUGCUACCAGAAAAGGUUUAGACAAGUUCAUUUGGAAGAUGAAAGGGUGGUUCAGGAAUUUGUCUUGGGUGUGUAUGAUGAAGAGGCAACAGCUGCUUUCAACCAGAAUCUCUCUGACAUUUCCACGCUGAAAGACCCUCGCUCGAAAGAUGCAUCACAAAGGUACCAUGCUCAUCAGUUCACAAAUGGAACAAUCUGUGAUCUCACAAAUCAGCCCCGAGAGACUGAGGUGAGAUUUGUGUGCUCAGAACCAAGAGCUAUGAUUAGUUCCAUUACAGAGCUAUCCACAUGCAAGUAUGCAAUUACCAUACAGUGCCCAAUGCUUUGCAAGCAUCUUUUGUUCCAAGAACAGAGAUCGGUAUGGCACACCAUUAAUUGUAAUGUGCUUCCAAAGGAUUACAAGGUGACAAAAGUAGGGGAAGACAAAGAUGAAUCUGAACAGAUUUUGAAGGUCACUGAUGAUGCUUCUUCAUCAAAUUAUGAGACACAAGAAUAGGGAGCUUACUUUUGACACACUGAGUAUUAACAAAAAGGAUAUUUGUCCAUACCAAUUACUUAACAAAGUAAAGGACUUUACUCAAUAUCUUUCAGUCUUCUAGAUUUCAGUGCAGCGGAUAGUCAUUUCAAGUCUGUACAAAACUAAGUUACUCUUCUUUUGCAAACAAUUUUCUGGUCAUCUUAGAACAAUCUGCGAUUAUAAAUAGUAAAUGUUUACCCAA